CUUAUCCGCCCCACCCACGCUCCCUCCUACCGCAGGCUUCAGCAACAAGAGCUGCACUGUGCGACAAUACAACGAUUCAUAGCGUUACAAUGGCGACAAGCCUAACUCGCUUCUCCGUUUCCCCUCCGUUACUUCCGCCCAACAUCAAACCAACCCCAAUCCGCCUCUUUCACCAGUGUCGCCUACCGACGCCGACCCCCGCCGGAUCCCGUCGGCGGCGGCAUCUAUUCGCUAAGUGGUGCAGAGCAUACAAAGUCACAAUCGAGCACGAGGGAGACCAGCGUACAUUAGAAGUAGGCGAGGACGAGACAAUACUAGGGCGAGCACUGGAAGAGGGAGUUGAAGUUCCCCAUGAUUGCAAGCUCGGGGUUUGCAUGACCUGCCCUGCUCGCCUUCUCAGCGGUGCCGUCGACCAGAGCGAGGGCAUGCUCAGUGAAGACGUCAUCGCAAGUGGAUACGCUCUCCUCUGCGUCUCCCACCCCCUCUCCGAUUGUGUUAUCCGUACUAUACCAGAAGAUGAGCUCCUUUCCGUUCAGCUGGCUACGGCGAAUGAUUGACUUAUUACUCUUCAGGUGUUCGAUGAAACGCCUCCGUGCAGCUUCAGAGAGGUUGGUUGCUGCUGAAUGCGGUAUCUGAAUGCUUUUGCUGAUUAUUUCUAGAAUGUAGAAUAGAAUGUGUUGUUGAUGCUUUGAAUCAGUAGUUGUUGUGAUUUGUGAACUCACAUCUUUUUAUUGGGGGUGCUAAUUUAGGGAGGGCGAGGAUAUGAAAUAAAUGAAUCAUUGGCAAAUAACUCAUCGCUUCUUCUAUUAUCCUCAAAUUUUUUUAGUGAUGAAUAAAUCAAAACGUUCAAAGACAA